UUCCCCUUCUUAGAACGCGAUCCACGGGGUCCAAAGUUCAAAGCUUUCGAUGGAAUUGGGCUGAUGGAGGGAGGAGAGGUAUGAGGGGUGCAAAUCGACGAAGCGACGGGGAAAAUCGACCGAUAGCGACGAUGCAACCGGUCGACGAGAACACGGCUGACGUCCAGCAGGAAGAUGUGAUGUCAGCGAGUAAUAAGAGCGCGGACGAGAUCGUGAACGAUGCGCUGUUGGAGAAGCUCCGAACUUACGCGGCUAAACCGCAGGAGGCGGGCGACGCGCUCAGGGCGAUCGCGGCCAAGAUUCACGCGCGUGUCACCUCAUCAGAUCGGCGGAUACGCGAGCGCACGUUGGAAACGCUCUGGCGCAAGAAUUCCGGCGCGAUGGAAUCGUUCAUUAUGGCCCUGGAGAACUGCAAAGACCACGUUGCUAACUGCAGUAUCGCCGGCAUAUUGCACGAAUGCAUAUCGCCCCGAGUGACCAAAAGCAAAUCUAAGGAGAGGGGUAGCAAGAAUAAAAACACCACAAGAACCAGUAGCCGAAUGGCGGUCAUUCAACUGAUCAACUUAGGCAUCACGCAAGUCCUAGUUAAACUUUUAAUAAAUCUGCAACACGCAGACAGUAUUACGAGCGAAGUACUUACUCAAGAGAUCCUUUGGAUUUUGGGACAGGUGGCUCAAAGGGACCAGAAGUUUGUGUCAAAAAUAAAACUGCUCAACUCCGUAAAAGUGUUCCACGCAUUGUUAAAACAACACUACAACAACAGCAAGACAUUAUUGCCGUUGUUAUUGAUCAUUAAAACUCUUGCUAAAAACUCUUUUUCCUUGCAAACGUUAGUAAAGGACGGUAUCACAGCUACUUUGGAGAAAACAUUUGUCAGCGUUGGUUAUAUGCCACAUUUAAAGCUGAGGACAUUGUUGGAAUGCUUCAAACAUUUAACGACCAAUAAACUGUGUUGUAACAAAUUCGUUAAGGCAGGAAUGGUACACCUGCUGAUGCGAAUCUUCGAGAGAUGGGAAAGAUGUGAUGGACAGAUGCGCCUGAAGAUUUGUAAUUACGCUCUUAACACGCUUCAGCAUCUCUGCGUAAUAAAAGCUGGAAGGAAGGCUAUCAAGUCGAACAAUGGUCUACAGCUACUGUACCGGUUCUGUACGAGUUGUCCAGAGGACAAAGCGUAUGACUGCCUGUUAUCGCGUAUUUGUGGGAUAAUCAAUCAGUGCCUGGAGAAAAAGGAAUUACCGGUGCCCGAAAUGUCUCCUGCGAGAUUUGUUCUCCCCGAAGUGAAUGUCAACAGAGCGAACAGUGCUGAAAGCGGUAGCGAUGUCGACAGUCAGGCAAACAGUGUGGCUUCGAUCAGUAGAUCGUACAGUGAUUUGGAUUCCGGCGACGAUGAGGAGAGCCACGACUCCAGAAAUAUAAUGGACAAUGAAAUUCACGUAGGAGACGAGGUGGACGAAAGUAAAUUCUUCGCUGGGAUUUUUACCUCGCGGAGAUCCGAGGAGGAUCUUGCUGGAUAUCAUACGUUCUUCAAGGAGUUAGGAAAUCUGCGAUCGCAGUUACACAUCGUCGGAUCGUCGAACGCCAAACUGACCGAUCUUUGCUUGAUAGAGGAUGAUGAGAUAAACUCGGCGCUUAUGAAAGCGGGAAAAACGAGGCCUUCGAUCAUGGAUUUCUCGAGCUCUAACGGUACUACGACGAAGGGUCAAUUGACGAACGGCACGCAUAGUUUGAAGGUCCUAGAAAACCUAGUGUCAGCGAACGCCACGGAUCGGUACGCGUAUUGCGCCGUAGCGAGCAGGGCGAGAAGCGUUAUCGACUUCGUCAAGGUCGCCUAUCCGGACCUGAUCGGUGGCGAUGAUCUGGGCAAAGCCGAGCCGCUCAACAUUAAGGACAGGAAGGUUUGCCGCGCGAAACUGCUGACCUGCGUGGAACGCGGUCUCCACGCCACUGCCAUUGUUCAGGAAGUCGUUUACGAUCUUGACGCUCUCGCAAACUCCACCUCCCGGGGAUCGUCGGGCGACGAGCGGUUGCUCGGCAAUUGUGAUGAGAAAAGAGUUGGCAAGCGCAACCACCUGGACACGAAGCGAUUACAGUUCGAGUCUAGAUUUGAAAGCGGUAAUCUGAGGAAAGCUAUUCAGAUAGGUCAACGGGAAUACGAUCUUAUCCUGACGCCAGAUGUCAACAGCGGUUCCAGACACCAAUGGUUUUAUUUCGAGGUCUCCAGCAUGGAAGCGAGUAUACCGUAUACAUUCAAUAUAAUCAACUGCGAAAAGACGAACUCGCAGUUCAACUUUGGCAUGAAGCCCAUACUGUUCAGUGUCAUGGAAGCGCAAUGCGGUAAACCAGGAUGGAUGAGGACUGGCGUCGACAUUUGUUACUAUCGGAAUUGUUAUCAACGGCCUACCAGGGGGAAAACGUACUUUACGACAUCCUUUACGGUCACAUUUCCACACGAUUAUGAUGUCUGUUAUCUGGCUUACCAUUUUCCGUAUACGUACAGUCGGCUGAUGACCAACAUCUGGAAAUGGACGAGAACGGUUUCCGCAGCGAAUGUGUACUUUCGCGCGGAGACCCUCUGCGAAACUUUAAACGGCAAUGAAAAUCCUGUACUCACUAUUACGUCACCAGAUUCCGAGACCAAUCCUAUACACACUCGAAAGAUGAUCUUCUUAACGUCCAGAGUACAUCCCGGUGAAAGCAACGCUUCUUGGGUGAUGCACGGAACCAUGGAGGCCCUCCUAAGUGACAGCCAGUACGCCAGCAGUUUACGUGACGAUUAUGUGUUCAAAAUAAUUCCUAUGCUAAAUAUAGAAGGAGUCGUGAACGGCUGCAAUCGAUACGGUCUGACGAACGAGGACCUAAACCGACGUUGGAGCAAUCCGAAUCGGGUGUACCAUCCAGUGAUCUAUCACACGAAGGGCCUGAUGGAGUACUGCGUCAGGGUGCUGCAAAGAUCGCCCUACGUUUUCGUCGACUACCACGGCCAUUCGCGGAGGAAGAACGUGUUUCUGUUCGGCUGUUCAAGGUCGGGUUCCUGGAGCGCCGCGGACAGGGCGAAACCGGACCAGCCGGUGCAGUAUUUGAUGUUACCGCAUCUCAUGCAGAGGACCUCGCCAGCCUUUGCUUUGCCGCUCUGCUCCUUCAAGGUCGAGAGAAACAAGGAAUCCACCGCCCGAGUAGCUGUGUGGCGGCAGCUGGGAGUCCCGAGAAGUUAUACGAUGGAAAGCAGUUUUUGUGGAUGCGACCAAGGCGUAUUGGCAGGAUUGCAUCUCGACACAGAGCAUCUUAAAGCCAUCGGAAGAGACUUUUGUCAAGCUUUAUCUAUGAUGAAAGACGGCGAUGACAAUUGGAUCGUCGAAAAAAUUCCCGUGGGGGAACAUAUUCCCAUGGAAUCAGAAUGUAUGGAUAACGAGAUAUCUUCCAGCAGCGAAUCCGACGAUUUCGAGAUUUAGGAGGCUGCAACUUACAAUUAGUUCAGUAUCAGAGUAGCUAUCUUAACAAAAUUCAUUCACGGAUAUUUAUUUUCCUGCACUUUCAAACUUAAAAGCUAAUACAAAAAUUAUUUUUUUCUUCUGAAGUAUAAUAUAAUACAAUGCAGUAUUUGGGAUAAAUAUUUCAAACAGUUUAUUUAUUUAAAACUGGUAACAAACGUUUAAAACUACUAUGAAAAUACUAUCUACACAUCGUAAAGUUUAUUUGUACAUAUGUCGGAACUCAAUACUUCGCAAAUUAAGUGUGUUUACAAUGAACAGCUAUAGAUUUAAUAGUGUGAGAAACGCUACUUAAGUUAGUAUGACCGCAUAUGAUUUAAUUGGAAAUAAAAGUUCUUAAAAGUUGAAGAUAUAUCACAAAAUCACUAUCCAAGCAGUGAUAAAACAAUGGCAUCUAGAAGGUUUUACAUUUUUGGAAAAUUGAAUUGUUGUUUUUUGUGCCUAACAGAAAGCAGAUUCAAAUAAUAUAAAAAAAUAGAAGAGUUAUGUCAUUCCUUAAUAUAGUACCUCGCUCUACUUUGUAUACAUAAUAUGUGAUUAUAUAAAUAUAGGAAAUAAAUGUUAUUGAA